AUGUCUAACGGUACUUGGGCUUAUCCUAAAGUAAGACGUGAUGAAAGUGUUGUUGAAGAAUUACAUGGCAUCAAGGUCGCUGAUCCUUACCGUUGGUUAGAAGACCCCGAUUCCGAAGAGACAAAGUCGUUCGUGAAUUCCCAAAAUGCACUUACCUUCAAGUACCUCGAGUCAUUUCCUCAUCGUGAAAAAUUCCGUGAAUCUCUGACAAAAAUGUAUGAUUAUGAAAAACAUGGAACUCCUUUUAAAUAUGGAAAUAAUUAUUAUUACUUUUACAAUAGUGGCUUGCAACCUCAAUCAGUUUUGUAUCAAUUGAAGAAUUCAUUAGACGCUCCACGUGUAGAAUUCUUCAAUCCAAAUACUCUUGAAGCUGAUGGCACAGCAGCUCUUUAUACUUACCAAUUUUCUGAACAUGGAAAAUAUUUUGGCUAUGGAAUUUCAAAAUCUGGAAGUGACUGGCAAACUUUUUAUGUAAAGUCAACAUCAAAUGAUGAUGUUAACGAUCGAUUAGAUGAUGUUGUUGAAUGGGUUAAAUAUUUUGGUUUUGGCUGGACUCAUGAUGAGGCUGGAUUUCUUUACACUAGAUACCCUGAACCUAAUAGGAGUGGUGAUGAUAAAGGCACAGAAACUGACAAAAAUUUUAAUUCCAUGUUAUAUUAUCACAAAUUAGGAACUAAGCAAUCAGAAGAUAUUCUUAUUUAUAAGGAUCCUAAAAAUCCUGAACAUAUCUUUACUGCUGAGAUUAGCAGUGAUGGAAGAUAUGUGCUUAUAUAUGUAGCAAAAGAUUGUGAACCUGUUAACAAAUUAUGGUUAGUUGACUUGGAGAAAACUAAUAUGGAAAUUAAGAAUAAUUUUGAAAUUAUAAAAUUUAUUGAUAGUUUCGAAGCUCGAUAUUCUUAUAUAACUAAUAAAGGCACGACAUUUUAUUUUCAUACCAAUUCAAAUGCACCUCUCUAUAAGAUUGUGAAAUAUGAUUUAGAUAAACCUGAAAAGGGAUUUGUUGAUGUGAUUAAAGAACAUUCUACUGAUGUUUUAGUCUGCGCUUUAGUAGCCGAUAAAACUAAUCUUGUAAUUAUUUAUAUGCAUGACGUUAAGGAAAAAAUAUCAAUAUAUGAACUUUUAACAGGGAAAUUCAUUAAAGAUUUGCCUAUUCCAAUUGGAACUGUGAAUGGUAUUAAAGGAGAUGAAAAAAGAUCGGAAUUAUUUUUUAAAGUUGGAAGUUUCUUGAACCCGGGAAUAAUUUAUCGUUAUGAUUUUAGUAAUGACGGAUUUUCAAUUUAUAAAGAAACUCAAGUUCAAGGUUUGGAUAGUGAGAAAUUUGAAGCAAGACAAGUUUUUGUUGAGAGUAAGGAUAAGACUAAAAUACCCGCUUUUAUUAACUUGAAUUACAAUGGUAAUAAUCCUACAUUACUUUAUGGAUAUGGUGGUUUCAACAAAAGUAUUACACCAUCUUUCAGUGUUUCAUGGUUGAAUUUUAUUCAACAUUAUAGUGGUGUUAUAGUUGUGGCAAACAUUCGUGGUGGUAGUGAAUAUGGUGAAGAAUGGCAUCAAGGCGGAAUGUUACAUAAUAAACAGAAUUCGUUUGAUGAUUUUCAGUAUAUAGCUAAAUGGUUGAUUGAUAAUAAAAUCACCAAACCACAAAAACUGGCUAUAAAUGGAGGUUCUAAUGGUGGAUUAUUGAUUGGUGCAUGUGUAAAUCAGAAACCUGAACUUUUUGGUGCAGCAGUAGCUGACGUUGGAUUAAUGGAUAUGUUACGAUAUCAUAAAUUUACAAUUGGUUAUAGUUGGAAAAGUGAUUAUGGUGAUCCAGAUGUAAAAGAAGAUUUUGAAUAUUUGUACAAGGUACCGUUACAUUCUUAUAAAUUCAUUGCUGAAUUACAACACACUGCUAAAAAUAAUCCCAAACCUUUAAUGACUAGAAUUGACGCCGGGCAUGGUGCUGGUAAACCUACUCAAAAAAGAAUCGAUGAAUAUGUUGAUAAAUUCUCCUUUAUAGGUUUAUCACUCAAUCUUGAAUGGUUUCCUUGUUCAGAAGAAUUGCUUGUAACAGAAUCCAAAGAAAUUGCUGCAAGAGAUUUAGUAUGGAAAACGAACAGAUUUAUGGAGGCAAUAGAGGGUCAUGAUUUUUGUCUGAUUUCUUUUGCAAUCUUUGGUGAUGUUCGUGCCACAUUUACUAAUUAUAAUGAAUGUAGACAGUUUCUUGAGGAAACUUCAAGCAUCGAAAAUAGUAUAAACACAAUUCAAAGGAACGUUGAACGUAUUCAAGUAAUACAAACACGUAUUCUAGUGAGUACUUCGGCACAACUGGAAGAUGAUGGCGUUCAAGAGCGUGAAGAGCUUACGUUGAAUACAAAAAAACUUCUUUUUGAAACUAAAGAUUGGAUUAAAAAAAUUGAAUAUGAAAAUAUCAAAUUACCAAUAAAUGAUCCAAACAACAGCAUUAGAAAACAAAGGCUCGAGUUUCUCAAAGCAAAAUUCACAAAUGCACUUGAAAAUUUUCAUAGUGUUGAAGAUACUUAUAUGAGACAACGGAAAGAAAGAAUGACACGUCAAUACAGAGUUGUCAAUCCAGAAGCAUCUCAAGAUGAAAUUGACAAUUAUUUGAGCAAUCCAUCAUGUCAGCCGCUUUGUCUAAUUCGUACAAGUGAAGCUCGUGCAGUAUUUACAGAAGUUCAAAAACGACAUAAUGAUAUAAAACAGAUUGAAAAAACAGUUGAGGAAUUAGCAAUUUUGUUUCGUGAAGUGCAAUUACAAGUGGAGGAACAAGAUUCUAUGAUUUUAAAUGUAGAAGUACCUGUUGAAGAAUCUCUUGCGAAUACCAAACAAAGUGAAAUUUAUAUUGAAAAGGCACAUGAGAGUGCAGUCCAAGCAAGAGGAAAGACGUGGAUCUUUUUAGUGGUUAUGAUUAUAAUAGUUUCUAUAAUCUUAAUAACUAUAAUAGUACAAAUAUAUGGUAAAGUAAAUAGUACACAGAUUUCUGACGCAAGUCCUUCUGGCUUAUUACCUCCUGAUCCUUAA